AUGGAUGAGGUGAUUGCAGGUGCAACAGGCUUGAUCAAUGAGAUAUUGAAAUCAUCUUCAGAAUUUUGUUCAGAUUUCACAAAAUCGCAGUUGAUCAAUACUCGUAAUGAUCUUAAUCGACUGCUUGAACCAGAUUCAACAAGAACUGAUUGGAGUCGAUUGCUUUGUCGACAAUUGAAACGAUAUUUGGAUUAUAAUAAUUCACUCACGAAUGACUUUUGGAUUGAAAUGCACAACGAUAUUCUCUAUGUAUUAGAGGAAUCAAAUGGUGGACAAAACAAAGACGGACUUGAUGAAAUACCUGAUGUUGGACAAAGAGGAGAGAUUGUUGAUCUUGUUCGAAAAUUUAUCGAUGAAUAUGUCCGUGCACCUAAUUUUAUCUCAGCAUUUGACGAGGAAAUGCUUCAUAUCGAAACCCUUUUUAAUUGGAAUGAGAGAAUUUUUGAAAUAAAAUCACCGUACAGAUCUGGUGGUAAUCAAAUAGUUGUUACAAGUCGUAUUGUUGGCUAUCAAUUGCAUCCACUUAGUAGUCCUUCAAUCAUGCAUUACUCACUGUCUGAACGAGGUUUACAAAUAUUUGGUUUUCAACAUUUGACAUUUCAAGAAUAUUUUGUCGCACAAUUUCUCGUAAGAGAAUCUUCUAUCGAAGAGAUUGCAGAACGUAUUCGGUUAUUUACGAUCAAUCCACGCUUUCGUGAAUCACUUCUUUUAGCUCUUGGCUGGAUCAGUUGGAAAUGGUCAUUAAAUAAUUAUGAUAAGUUUUACAAUCUACUUAUUACACCAACUAAAGAUUAUGCAAUUCCAUUUGGAACACUUCUUUUCUUUGAUGCUUUUAAUGAUCUACAAAAAUUGCCUUCUAAGACAGUCAUCUUUACGGCACUCAACAGUUUACUUGAUCAUCCAUCUAAUUUAACUGCAGCGACAUAUUUAAUACCGAAUUUAUCCAAAUUACAUGAAUAUAUUAUAAUAGAAUGGAUGCAAUUACAUUUGAAAGAUGAAAAACGUCUUUUAAAGUUUUGUCAAUGUUUAAUAAGGACAAUGGGUCGAUCUUCUGAUGAAAAUAAGAUUGAUUCGAAAUCAAUACCAGCUGUUGUCUAUCAACAACUAUGGUCGUUGCAUUACAUAAGCACAUCGGCUCAAUUUAUCAUCGAUCAAAUUUUGCGAAGAAUAGUAUCGUUGGAUAAUUUUCCUAAUGACGUUUUUACCAAUGAGUUGUGUUCACAUGUUUUAUCACAAAAUAUUUUUAUUGAUAAUAUUCAUCCUUUAAUACUUUCUGUUAUUAUUGCAGAUAUAAAAGUAAUUGUUCAACUUAUUGAUAUGUUUGUCGCCAAUCUUUAUAGUUAUUUAUGUAACAAAGAAAAUAGUGAUUAUCUUGCUGAUCCUAUGCCUAACUAUGUUGGUAUAGCACUGCAGGUUUGUGAAAGGUAUUUUGAUGUGUUUUGUAGCGCUGUGCAGAAUAGCUCUUUUGGCGAAGCAAAGUUUAGAAAAGAAUAUUCUCUCUAUUUCUAUCAAACGAAUAAUUCAACUGAUCGUAAAACCUUAGUGCAACUGUAUACCGCGUUUGGUGGAGUUACAGACGAUCUUAUUGAUAUGUUAAAAUGGAUUGAAUUUGUUGAAGAUGGCGAUGGAUGGAAGUAUCUUGAACAUAUUAAACAAAUAUCCGAUCGAGAUAUUAUUGAAAAGAUAUUUCAAUGUUUAGAUUUAGUGGCGUGUGAUAUUAAAUCCCGACGUUUUUCGUCUAUAUUAAAAUUGCUUAUUCAGCUUGCUGAAACUGAUAUUGUAUCUUUGUUGGAAGUACAUCAACAUAUCUCAUCCGUCAUUAAUAAUUUUUCGUUUGAGGAUGAUGAUAGAAAAUGGAAUGAUGAGAAAGAGAUUUUUGAUCUUUUAUUAAAUCUUAGUUGUAUUAGAAAAAUAUCUUCAUCGAGCUCGAAAGAAAAACUGUUUACUGAGAGUGAUAUUGACAAAAAAUUUACGAAAGAAAUUCAGUAUGUUAAGGAUAACUCAGCUCUAUGUCUUAAAAGAAAUUAUUUCUUUACGAUAUUUCGAUCAGUUGUGAGUUGUUCUAAAUAAAAUGAUUGUCCUAUUUUUCUAUCAAACACUCGCAUUAGCACUCAUUCUUUUCCAUAUUAAAUGUCAUUAUAAUAAAUUGCUAUCACUUAUUUAGAGAAUUUUUUUGUCUUCAUGUACUGAUUUUAUGCUUUGUUUGAUUUCGAAGCUGAAAGUUUUCUGUAUGUUUAUUAUAUACACAUUUUGAACACGUAAAAUCAUAUUUUACUGAUCUGAGUUUAUAUAAAACAUAGAUUCAACGCAUCAUACGACGCGUUUCGACUAUUGCUCAAAUAGUCUUCAUCAGGUAUGUUAAGAAUCUAGAAGUACAUAUGAAAUCAAAUCUAAUUAAACUUAAAAUACUUUACAAAGCUUUGAAAUCCAAUACCAUAUUAAAAUUUCAUACAAGGCGGUAAGAUAAGAAUCUGUUCAACAAAAUUCGACAAGGAAUUUUCAAGAAUUUGGAAAAGAGCUACAACUAUCUUGAGGGUGAUGUGAGGAUGAGUUUCGUAACAAAAUUCAACAAAAUCCAAUAUUUUGAAGAAUUUUCAGUAGCUAUCGCGAAGCGUUUCGACUCGGCUAAGAGCUUCAUCAGGUGGCUUUCAUACCUUUGUACAGAGCUAAUUCCAUUAAAUUCAUUUAAAGGAUAUAAAAUCAUCCAAAUCAUUUAACCGAAUCAGUUUACCAGCAAAGAAAACGCUACGCUAUCUUGAGGAUGAGGGUGAGGGUGAGUUUCGUAAGAAAUUCAACAAAAUUUCAAUAUUUUGAAGAAUUUUCAGUAGCUACCACGACGUGUUUCGAUCGAGCAACGGAUAUCAUCAGGUGGCUUAAUACCUUUCCACAAAAUUAAUUCAAAUUUAAAUAAUUCAAAGGACAAAAUCCUCUAACAAAUCACAAAGAAUAAUUAUUUUGCAACUUUCUUUUUGUGUCAUGACGAAAAAAGAAGAUUGUAAUUUCUUAUGAGUGAUGGACAUAAUAGUUUUAAGAUACUAUAUGCCGUAGGAAUCUUUGACAAAAAUUUAAAUACGUAUACUCAUAUUUUACUUGUAGAAGUUCAGUUUUUUUAAUAUUGUCCGGUAUGUUAUUUGAACUACAGGGUAUGCAGAUGGCUAAAAUUUGCACGAUGAAGUGUUAAACAUAAAAGAUUAUGUGUGAAUAACAGAAAUCAAUGAGGG